GAGGCGAACCGGGGAAUGACCGUCGCGGCGGAGCCGCCAGAGCGGGGUGAUUCGGCCGCCCCGCCAGCGGGGCUCGGUGCGGCGGGAGGAGCGGGGAGAGCGGCGGGAUGGCGCCCUGAGGGACUACAUCUCCCAGGGGCGCUUGCGCUGGCGCGGCCCCUGGCGCGGCGCGCCCGGCGCGGGGCACGCUGGGAAGGGGGCUCCAAAAUGGACAACCACAGGGAUGCACCAGGGAAGGCGAGCCGGUGGUUCGGCGUGUCGCAGUCCAAGUCGGCCAAGACGAGCGUGAACAUCCUGCAGCAGGAGGAGCUGAUCGCCCAGAAGAAGCGGGAGAUCGAGGCGCGGCUGGAGCAGCAGGCGCGGCAGAAUUCCCUCAGCAUCCCGCAGCUCCCGCUGCUCGGAGACGACGAUGGCUCUGAGAGCGAGGCCUCCGUGUCCAACAAGUUUGUGAACGAUGGGAGCUUCCUGCAGCAGUUCCUGAAGCUCCAGAGGGAAAAAUCCAAUGCUGAAAAUGCACCAAAUCCCCCCAACAGCACCGGGAGUGCCCCAACCCCGCAGCCCGGGAAGAAGCCGGCGCUGCUGGGGAAGCGGCCGGGGCAGGCGCUGAGCCGCAUGCUGCAGGCACGGAGCCUCUCCCUGCCCAAGCCCAGCCCCGUCCUCAGCCGCCUCAGCGUCUUCCAGGGCCCCGACGAGGAUGAGGAGGAGGAUUACGAGCAGUGGUUGGAGAUCAAAGUUUUGCCCCCAGAGGACUCGGAGACGCGGCAGGUGGUGGAAAAGCUGGCCAGGUUCGUGGCUGAGGGCGGCCCCGAGCUGGAGAAGGUCGCCAUGGAGGACUACAAGGACAACCCUGCUUUUUCGUUUUUGCAUGAUAAGAACAGCAGAGAAUUCCUUUACUACAGGAAGAAAGUGGCAGAAAUAAGGAAAGAAAAUCAAAAUUCCCAGGCAGCCUCUUCCCAGAAAGUUUCCCCCCCAGCCGACCAGGAGACGCGCAACUCGGCCGAGAAGCUGGCGCAGUUCGUGGCUGCAGGGGGGCCCGAGGUGGAGGCCAUUGCCCUGCAGAACAACAGGGAGAACCCUGCCUUCAGGUUCCUGUACGAGCCCCACAGCAAAGGGCACCGCUACUACCGCCAGAAGCUGGAGGAGUUCCGCAGGGCCCGGGCUGCCCCUGGGAAUCCCCCUUUUUCCGGGAAUCCCCCUUUUUCCGGGAAUCCCCCUUUUUCCGGGAAUCCCCCCUUUCCCGGGAAUCCCCCUUUUCCUGGGGGCUCCCCUUUUCCCGGAGACUCCGGCCUCAAACGGAAAAGCAGUCCCGAGGCUUCUCCCUCCCCUCUGUGCUUCCCGCCUCUCCCCGUUCCCGUUCCCUCCCCUCUCCCCAUCCCCAUCCCGGUCCCGCCGCCUCUGCCUCUCCCCGUUCCCUCUCCCGUUCUUCCCGCCGCUCUUCCCGUUCCCUCGGCCUCUCCUGCCCCGUCCUCGUCCUCCACCUCCCCUCCGGAUCAGCUGGCCCCGAAUUCUGCCCCAAUCCCAAACCCAGCCACGACCCCAAAUCCAUCCGUGACCCCAAAUCCCGGCCCCAUCCCGAGUCCCGCUCCGGGCAGCACCAAAAAGAAGAGGAAGAGCCGGUGGGGGCCGGAGGAGGAGAAGGUGGAAUUGCCUCUCCCCCAGCUGGUGCAGCAGCUGGAUUCUCCCUCUCCCCUCUCAGUUCAGGACCUGAAGGGUCUGGGAUACGAGAAGGGCAAACCCGUGGGUCUGGUGGGAGUCACGGAGCUCUCGGAGGCCCAGAAGAAGCAGCUGAAGGAGCAGCAGGAGAUGCAGCAGAUGUACGACAUGAUCAUGAAGCACAAGCGGGCGAUGCAGGAGAUGCAGCUGCUGUGGGAGCGCGCGCUGCAGCAGCACCAGCACGGCUACGACAGCGACGAGGAGGUGGACAGCGAGCUGGGCACCUGGGAGCACCGCCUGCGCCGCAUGGAGAUGGACAAAACACGGGAGUGGGCGGAGCAGCUGACCCAGAUGGGCCGAGGGAAACAUUUCAUCGGGGAUUUCCUCCCACCCGACGAGCUGGAAAAGUUCAUGGAGACCUUCAAGGCACUCAAGGAGGGCCGGGAGCCGGAUUAUUCCGAGUACAAGGAAUUCAAGCUGACGGUGGAAAACAUCGGAUACCAAAUGCUGAUGAAAAUGGGAUGGAAGGAAGGAGAGGGAUUGGGAUCUGAUGGACAGGGAAUUAAAAAUCCUGUCAGCAAGGGCACCACGACCAUGGACGGGGCGGGAUUCGGGAUCGAGCGCCCGGCGGAGCUGACCAAGGAGGAUGAUGAGUACGAGGCCUUCCGCAAGCGCAUGAUGCUGGCGUACCGCUUCCGGCCCAACCCCCUGAACAACCCACGGCGACCUUACUACUGAGGAGGGCUUUUCCCAACAGAUUUCCUGGGAAUUCUUAUCCCAAACUUCAUCAUCCAUCUCUUUUCUCCCAAUAUUAUCCAGCUUUUUUUUGGAAUCACAACUCCUCCUUCCCCCAUGGUGGGGAGGGUUUGGAGCAGCCCCAAAAAUCCCCAGGGGCCUCCAAUUCCAAGGAGUUUGGGAUUUUUGGGAAUGGCAGCUCUUGUGCUGCUCCAGGAGUGGGGGGGGGAUUUUGUUCCUUGAUUUUAUCUGGGAACCCCAAAUCCAAGGGAUUUUGGGGAAUUUGGGGAACCAGUGCCUCCAGUUUUGCCUCUGGACGGGUGGAUCUGGCCCGGAUCCAUUCGGAAUUCCAGGAUUUGAUGGAUCCAGGGGGGAUUUAUUCCCUUCCCAGGGAUUUUGCCAACACCUUCUGUGCUUUGGGAUGACGAAGACCCAAAAUUCCAAAGCCGCACUUUGGAAAAAUCCAACAGAAUUCCAGCACCACGCUUUGGAAAAAUACAGUUGGAUUUUGUUGUCCUAAAACGGAAAAAAAAAAAAACUCUGGAAACACAAAUUUUCUUCACUGAGUCUGUAAAUAAAAUUAAACUUGUUUGUUC